GCUACUACUAGCUACCUUGUUCACGCGGUUUUAACGUGGACAUGGUAUCAUUCACCGCCGAUAAUUACAUUUCUGUAAUCUACAUAAAAUUAAACAAACGACUAAAACUGAUGUAAUCGAUUCAUCGCCGAAACGGCCUGAGUGGAAGGGUUAUCCCUACCUGAUGAGGAGCUGCACUUCUGCACACCUUUGAGCAGCAGUAUGAUGCAGGCAGGAGUCUGUCUGAGACAGGACACUGAGACAACACUACCAGAGCUCACUGAGCAGCACAGGAUCAGACUGAAAGAAGAGGAACUCAGUGGACUGGAGUCAGAGACAGAGUGUGCUGCACCAGGACUCAACACACUGGAGCCAGAGUGUGUUAGUGCACACAGCGGGGUCAGUGAUGUACACCACACACACACAUCAGUGAUAAAAACAGAAGCUGAUCUGGGCUCCACCCACACUGGGGAUCUUAUUAAGACGGAGAGCCCUGAAAGGACAGAGCUGGGAUAUGUGACCCAUCUGCAUCCUGACCAAAUCAAAACAGAGGCUGAAGAUGGAGGAUACCAUAAGGCAGAAAACAUCAGUGACCUUCUGGAUAUUAAAUGUGUUGAUGUUAAAUCUGAUCAAAUGAAGUGUGAAUCCAGUGAAAGUUUAGUGAGUGAUCUCAUGCACACUGUUAUGAAUGGAGCUGGUGUUGAACCAUGGCAAUGUGGAGGAGAGACAAUUUCAAAAGAAGAAACCCAUUCUCUGCCAACCCAAUGUGGGGACUUAAACCAUCACUGUAAUGGUGAAAGCCCAUUCAAGUGUACACAGUGUGAGAAGAGUUUCCAUACAAAAUCUUAUUUAAAAACCCACCUGAGAAUUCAUACAGGUCAAACGCUAUACAAGUGUACCCAGUGUGAGAAGUGUUUUUUUCGAAAAUAUGAUUUAAAUACCCACCUGAGAAUUCAUACAGGUGAAAAACCCUACAAGUGUACACUGUGUGAGAAGUGUUUUCAGACAACAUCUAAUUUAAAUAGACACCUCAGCUGUCAUACAGGUCAAAAAACCUACAAGUGUACACAGUGUGAGAAGUGUUUUUUUAGAAAAUAUGAUUUAAAUACCCACCUGAGAAUUCAUACAGGUGAAAAACCCUACAAGUGUCCACGGUGUCAGAAGUGUUUUCAUACAACAGCUAAUUUAAGUAGGCAUCUGAGAUAUCAUACAGGUCAAAAAACCUACAAGUGUACACAGUGUGAGAAGUGUUUUUUUAGCAAAUAUGAUUUUACUACCCAUCUGAGAAUUCAUACAGGUGAAAAGUCAUACAAGUGUGAACAGUGUGAGAAGUGCUUUCUUAGAAAAUAUGAUUUAAAUAAACACCUGAGAAUCCAUACAGGUGUAAAACCCUACAAAUGUAUUCAUUGUGGGAAGUGCUUUUUCCGGAUGGCUCAAUUAAGUAGCCACUUGAGAAUUCAUACAGGUGAAAGACCCUACAGAUGUAGUCAUUGUGAGAAGUGCUUUUCUGCAAAAUCUAAUUUCAAGAGACACCUGAGAAUUCAUACAGGUGAAAACUAGAGGUGUGGGGGAAAACAUUGAUACAGCAUAGUAUUCUUUCUGCCGUACAGUAUCGAUACAGUGGUGGCAAGUAUCGAUAGUUUAUCGAAAUACAUAUUUUAGAAUGCACCUUGUUUUUGUAAUGAUUUUAAUGCAGGGUGAGAGGAGACCGCCCACACUCCACAGAGCUCAUUAAAAGCAUAUGACCACCAUGGACAAACCUGUAUAUAGCCUACCAUAGUUGUGAAUCAUUAAACAAAACAAAAACAAUGUAAUGUCUGAUAUUCCUUGCUGAUCAUACUUGGUAGAGACUGUCUAAGUUUCUGUGACUGUUCUUUGUUUUUUUUGUUUUUUUUAUUAUGAUGAAAUUUCGAUGAUGAAAUUGACAAGUGUACAUUUUUUGAAAGACCUAAUGUGAAAGCUGUUGUACUGUAGAAAGAUGUGAAUAGGUGGAUUGCAAACUUUUAUUCUCAGAAUGAAUACUUCCAGUAUCGAGGCUGUAAUCCGCUAAAGCUGAGCACCAGACCUCAGACUGUGUCUUAACCUAGGUCUCAGGUCUUCAAUGUUGAAGAUGAAUUGUGAAUGUCCACAUUGCCAUUUAAUUCAAUGUAAUUAAAUACAUUUGAUUUGA